GACCUUAUCCACGGCAGCUGCCCCUGCACAGCCCUCGCCUCCCCGCUGAGCUCUGCUCUGUGCUGAGCCAGCCCAGCUACAGCUGCACGUCCUGACUGCACACUCCUGAGAUGGGACAGAACAAGAGCAAACCCGAGCCUGGGGACCUGAUCGAGAUCGACCAGCCAUUUCAUCAGCACUGGGCCCUCUACAUGGGGGAUGGAUAUGUCAUCCAUUUGACACCUGUAGGUAAAGACAAGGUAAAACUGGGGGCCCACGAGGUGCCAGUAUUCACCAGAAUGGUGAAGAAGGAGUGCCUGAAGAAGGUGGUGCGACGUAAUAAAUGGCGUGUCAACAACAAAUCUGAUGUGUCCCCAGAUCCGCUUCCAGUGGAGGAGAUUAUGUCUCGUGCUACAGCUUGUAUUGGCAAGAAGGUGAUGUAUUGUUCAUUUGGUAGGAACUGUGAGCACUUUGUGACAGAGCUUCGCUAUGGAGAAGCAGUCUCUGAGCAGGUGAGUGGCACAGGGUGAGCCCUGGGUGCCUCCCAGAGCAGCUCCUGGCUGCUGCCUGUGAGCCCAGCACUGGGACACAGCCUGCAGCCUGCAUGGGCACAGCCCAGUGCCAGCCGUGGGCUCCAAAGCAGCGCUGCCUCUGGCCUCCCCAGAGCCCCUGCAGCUGGAGGGUCACUCUGCUCUGUGUGCAGCCUGACAGUGCCCUCUCACUGAGUGCCACCUCCUAGGGCUACAAACCUGGGUCUUACCCCUUCUGCUCAUGGGGCACACGUCUCUCAUUGAUUUACUUGUUCUGGUUAUCAGUGCCUAUUCUCCAUUACCAUACCUGGGGCUAAAUGGAAGUGCUCCUUGUGUUUCCAGCCUAAGCUUUGCUUUCCCUUUAUCUGCUAAGAUGGCAAUUGUUUGCAUGCUGGCAGUAGGAUCUGUGCUGUUGCCUUCACUGUGGGUGAAAUCCAGAGAG